CUUUCUCUUCUCAUCUCAACUCUUCCUCUGAUCUUCUCCCCUUUCUGUUACAAAUCACGAUGAACCCUGAUCCGGGUUUAUCAAUGGUAUCAGAGCACAGUCAUCCUCUUGACAGUACGUUUCCGGAUUCAACAUCGAACUCCGAAUGGAGGGAUGAGAUGAUGGCUCUAUUGAUCAAAUGGAGAGCUGAAGAUAAAGAGCGAUCCAUGAAAUGGAGAGCUGAAGAUCAGGAGCGCCAGCUUAAAUAUGAUAUUCUGCGCCAGACAUUACCGCAGAUGACGAUGAAGUCUGAUCUCGAUCCGGUGGAGAAGACUCACAAACCAUCGGGAAAUUUCGUCGAGCAGAUGGUGUGCGACCCUCCAGACAAAGCACUUGACGGAGAUCGAUUUGGGUUCGCGGAUGGUGAUUCUCAAGUUCAUAACACAUUUACCCCUAAAAGGUUUGAAGAUCUAAAACUCAACGGAGGUAUCAGGUUCAAAAGGAUUCGGAUCAAGCAAAACUACCACAGAUCUCGAUUUAAGAACCUAAAAAGUAAGUCACCGAGAAGAACUCUUGAUUUAAAGGCUUCGUUAGAUCUUAUGGGGCUUGCGACAUCUCAGAGGAGGUGUGUGGGAGUGACGACUAUUGGAAUGAAGAAACAAUACAACCGAGAGAAGCAAUCAAUACUGCUGGCGCAAGCUUGUAAGAGUUUAGGAAUGUUCGGAGAAUCUUCAGGUUGUAGAGAUACUAAAAAUGAAUUGCAGAUUCGUUUAGGAGCAAGACUGAUUGUUGAUACAGGAGUGAAGCGAGAGACUCAUCUAUUCCGGUAUGGGUUUACUUCUCUAGCUCCUAUGGAUGAAGAUGGUCCUGUUGCUACGUGGAUAGGAGAUCAAAGUAUCUUCGCUGAGGAAGUUGAAGCGCUAGAAUCUGAUGAUCCUGAUGGUGCGAUGGAGUCGUUACAGGAUGUAACAUCAAUGGAGUCUGAGUUGGAGGAACCGAGCGAGCAUGAGAGCAGGGAAGACCUCUCUCGGAGUGGAAAACAUUGGUUUCAUAAGGUCCGAUUCAAAGUUAGACUUCGCAGAAGCUCUAAAGUAACAGAUGAGAAGGUUACAAAAGAGGGGGAACUUUUCAAGCUGGAGAAAUCAGAAUUACUUCACAAAGGAAGAAAGUAUACAAGAAAGCUUAUUGUCAGAUGGUACUAUUAUAAGGUUAGGAAGCGAGUUAAGCCGCUUGGAGCCGUAGAAACGGGGUUCAAAUGUCUCUCGAAAGCUGGGACUGAAGCAGGCUAUAAGGCCAACAUCAUUGUUUCUGCUGUGGGCGUGAUGUUUCCUGAGACACUGAGACAGUUAGAUCAGAAAGAAUCAGUUGGCAAGAACGCUAGUGCGAGACAUAAGGAACUACGUUAUGGUGAGGGAGAGAAACGAUCAUGUGUAGUUUUUCAUUCCAACCAUGUGUGGAAGCCUGGCAGGAUAUCUUUGAAGCUUCCAGAACCCUUUUGGAGUCUCUCUGGUGAUAGCUUUAAGGAGAUGAAGGUUUUACUAGGGGUAACAGGCUUGGAGGAAAAUCAGGAAGAAGGGCUGCGACGUUGGAACAAGGGUCUGAAGAUAAUAAAGUUGUGCACGAGAUAUGGAUUUAAGAGUUUCAGAUUUUUAAGAAGUGUGAAGAUGCGGAUAUGGUGGUUAUUGAAGACUUCACGUAGGAAUCAACUUUCUGAAUUCUCUUUGGCAAAUCAAGCAUGGGAACCUGGUGGUACUGUUUCGCUAAACACUUCAGUCUGGCUUGAGAUUUAUCACCGUCAUGGUGGGAAGUGGAAGUCUAAGCUUGUGAGACUUUAUGCCGAGGCGAAGAGCUUAAGACGCAGCAGACUGGAGAGAGCUUACUGUGUUGGUAAAAUUCAGGAGGCGUCAAGGGUUACAAAACGUUUAAGGACUGAGAGAGGGAAUGCGAUCCUUAUUGCAGCAGUGGAGAAUUGUUUAAGUUAUUGUGAAGGUGCUGGUAGCCAAAAUCCUAACGUCGAUGAUAACCGUGUGUGGAAUCCUGGAGCUGUAGAGGUUGAAGGAGAAAAGAGCUGUAGCAGUGUUAUAGCUGAGAAGUUGUGGAAUGCGGAGAAUAGGAAAAUUUCUGUUAUGGACGUUCACACAAAUUCUGAAAACGAGGUCAAGUGGGUGGUCGUUCUAAGUGUUACACUGACGCUAGAGAGUCAGAAAAGCUUUUCAAGUCCUGAAUAUGUGAUCACGGUUCAAGCUUUUUGCUUUUGGAGCCUCGAGGACAAGGCUGCUAUUCUAUCGGGGAGUAGACUGAAGUUCUAUGGGGAGAAGAUUGAGUGGAUUUGUGGCGUAUGGGAUCCUGGUGUAGCAGGUUAUGGACAAGCCAAGGAGGUGACAAGAGGUAUUAUUUUGAUGGCGAAGCAUGAUCCUAUCAAGUACGUGGGAUAUCAUACACUGGUGCGGCUGUUGGAGAUGUGUGGGGUAUCAUAGCCCAUAUCAAGAAGUUCUUGGUGAUUGAAAAGGGUUGUGGAGUUGAGUUUAUGGGAUCGCGGAACUAUGUUACAAAAGGCAUCUGGUCAUGUUUCUGGAUAUUGGUGAAGUUUAAUAUUCUAUGCCACUGUGUUAGAAACGUUUGCGCUUCACGUUCUUUACGGUGGGUUCAUGUCUUCAAGAUCUAUAAGGAAGCAACUCUGAGCAUAAUGGAUGUCAAGUUGA